AUGCCUAACCCGAAGGGCAACAAGGGCAAGAAGCGGCUCCCCCACGCCGACUGCCUCAUCCGCCACUAUCGCGCGGAAGGCCAUCUCUACCCCGAGGGAACCCCUCGCCCUUGCAGAGAGCGGGGCAGGGGUCCCGAAUACGAUAACCUCUUCUUCUGUUCGAGCUGCCGCGGCUGCCUCGACGGAAGCCACUUCCUCGACGACGACGGCAACCAUCCCUCCUACAAGUCCUGCGACGGCUGCCGCAACCGCAGCGUGACAAGAACCAAGAAGACGCCGGACGAAAAGGCCAAGGCCAAGACCCGCGGCAAGGCCGUCAAGAACCUCGACACCACGAGCAAAGUCACAAAGUCUCGCGGUCGCACCGGCGCUCUCUAUCAAGCUUCGACUCCGAAGCUCAUUCACGUUCUCGCGGCACAGAAGAGGAAGGAGGAGGCCAAGGCUGCUGCUGCUGCUUCCCGUGUUAAUAUUGGCAACUUCCUCACUGAGCCUGAUACAGACGACGAGACUUUGGACGAGGAGGAUCUGGAGGAUAUGGAAACGGAUGAGGAUGAGCACCCGUAUAACCCUGGUUAUCGCCGUACACCCGAUGAUGAGGAUGACAAGCCUGGUCAGGAUGGAACGAUGGGCGGCGGUCUCACUGGUACUCUCAUCGCUGCUUGA